UCCGACCCUGCCGCGCCUACGCUCAGAGCCCGCGGAGCUGCGCGGAUUCCUGCUCUUAAGGGAUGUUGGGGGCUUUGAUGGCGAUGGGCGGAUCUAGGAGGCCGUGCGUGUAAGGGGCAGGCGACAUGGAGGCGGAGCGGCAGCCGGCCUCUGGGGCCGGCGGAGGGGCUCCCCCCGGGCCGGAGGCAAUGCCUCCCGCUGCUCCCGCGCCGGGGACUGCGGCCGCAGGUCGGAUCCCUGAGGUUGGGCCUGAGCCUAAGAGAAGGCAGCUCGGGACGCUGCUCCAGCCCACGGUCAACAAGUUCUCCCUUCGGGUGUUCGGCAGCCACAAAGCCGUGGAAAUCGAGCAAGAGCGGGUGAAGUCAGCGGGAGCCUGGAUCAUCCACCCCUACAGCGACUUUCGGUUUUACUGGGACCUCAUCAUGCUGCUGCUGAUGGUAGGAAACCUCAUUGUACUGCCCGUGGGCAUCACCUUCUUCAAAGAGGAGAACUCCCCACCCUGGAUCGUCUUCAACGUCCUCUCUGACACUUUCUUCCUGCUGGAUUUGGUGCUCAACUUCCGCACGGGCAUUGUGGUGGAAGAGGGCGCUGAGAUCCUGCUGGCGCCGCGGGCCAUCCGCACGCGCUAUCUGAGGACCUGGUUCCUGGUUGACCUCAUCUCUUCCAUCCCUGUGGAUUACAUCUUCCUGGUGGUGGAGCUAGAGCCGCGGCUGGACGCCGAGGUCUACAAAACUGCGCGGGCCCUGCGCAUAGUUCGCUUCACCAAGAUUCUCAGCCUGCUGCGGCUGCUCCGCCUCUCCCGCCUCAUCCGCUACAUACACCAGUGGGAGGAGAUCUUCCACAUGACCUAUGACCUGGCCAGUGCUGUGGUUCGCAUCUUCAACCUCAUUGGGAUGAUGCUGCUGCUGUGUCACUGGGAUGGCUGUCUGCAGUUCCUGGUCCCCAUGCUGCAGGACUUCCCUCCUGACUGCUGGGUCUCCAUCAACCACAUGGUGAACCACUCAUGGGGCCGCCAGUAUUCCCAUGCCCUGUUCAAGGCCAUGAGCCACAUGCUGUGCAUCGGGUAUGGGCAGCAGGCGCCUGUGGGCAUGCCUGACGUCUGGCUCACCAUGCUCAGCAUGAUCGUGGGUGCCACAUGCUACGCCAUGUUCAUCGGUCACGCCACCGCCCUCAUUCAGUCUCUGGAUUCUUCCCGGCGUCAGUACCAGGAGAAGUACAAGCAGGUGGAGCAGUACAUGUCCUUCCACAAGCUGCCAGCUGACACACGCCAGCGCAUCCAUGAAUACUACGAGCACCGCUACCAGGGCAAGAUGUUUGAUGAGGAGAGCAUCCUGGGCGAGUUGAGCGAGCCACUCCGGGAGGAGAUCAUUAACUUCACCUGCCGGGGCCUGGUGGCCCACAUGCCGCUGUUUGCCCAUGCUGACCCCAGCUUCGUCACCGCGGUGCUCACCAAACUGCGAUUUGAGGUCUUCCAGCCGGGGGACCUCGUGGUGCGUGAGGGCUCCGUGGGCAGGAAGAUGUACUUCAUCCAGCAUGGGCUGCUCAGUGUGCUGGCUCGUGGCGCCCAGGACACCCGCCUCACUGAUGGAUCCUACUUUGGGGAGAUCUGCCUGCUGACUCGGGGCCGGCGCACAGCCAGUGUUCGGGCUGACACCUACUGCCGCCUCUACUCCCUCAGUGUGGACCACUUCAAUGCUGUGCUUGAGGAGUUCCCCAUGAUGCGCCGGGCUUUUGAGACCGUGGCCAUGGAUCGGCUGCGCCGCAUCGGCAAGAAGAAUUCCAUACUGCAGCGGAAGCGCUCUGAGCCAAGUCCAGGCAGUAGUGGUGGCCUCAUGGAGCAACACUUGGUGCAACACGACAGGGACAUGGCUCGGGGUGUUCGGGGCCUGGCCCCAGGCACAGGAGCUUGGCUCAGUGGAAAGCCAGUAUUGUGGGAGCCACUGGUGCAUGCACCCCUGCAGACAGCUGCUGUGACCUCCAGUGUGGCCAUUGCCCUGACUCACCAGCGGGGCCCUCUGCUUCUCUCCCCUGACUCUCCAGCUGUCCUCCUCACUCGCUCUGCUCGACGCUCAGCAGGCUCUCCAGCCUCCCCACUGGUGCCAGUCCGAGCUGGCCCUCUGCUGGUCCGAGGGCCGUGGGCAUCCACCUCUCGCCUGCCUGCCCCACCUGCCCGAACCCUCCACGCUAGCCUUUCCCGGACAGGGCGCUCCCAGGUGUCUCUACUGGGCCCCCCACCAGGAGGAUGUGGACGGUGGCUAGGACCUCGGGGUCGCCCUCUCUCAGCCUCCCAACCCUCUCUGCCUCAGCGGGCAGCAGGCGAUGGCUCUCCUGGGCGUAAAUUCUCAGGAAGUGAGCGCCUGCCCCCCUCAGGGCUCCUGGCCAAGCCUCCAGGGACAGUCCAGCCUCCUAGGCCACCAGUGUCUGAGCCAGCCACCUCCCGGGGUCCCCAGCUCUCUGCCAACAUGUGAAACCCUUAGGUAUACCUGGCCUUAGCUCUUGGGACACAAUGGUGUGUACCUGACGGCAGAUACCUAUUGGGGAAGGCAGAAGGAACCUGAAAUACUGUCCUAUGGGGACAUCUCCCCUUAUUUCCCUGAAGAUGGUUUGGAGUCCUUAGCUGAAGCUUCUGCAGCCUGCCUGACAACCUAGUCCAUUCACCCAUCCGUCAUAUGUGCAAGCACCUAUCACAUUCCAGGCACUGUGCCAGGUGCUGUGUGUCUCCACUGCCAGGUAGAAGUGAUUCAGAGCCCUCUAAUAAGGGUAUAUCCCUUACUAUGGUCCUGCCAGGUGCAGGCCAGGGCUGAUGACCCCACCCUUACUAAGCACAAAUACUUACCACUGCUGUCACUGCCAAGUGACCGGACCUCACUGUUUCCCUGCCAGUGACCAGCAGGUUCUGUCUGGUGUGGUCACCUUCCUGUCUCCCAGCGUAGCAGGCACUGCCAUUUACCUGCACACACACACACCCGCUGCUAAUAGAGUCUUGGGUCUGGAGUGCGGGCAUCCACCUUUGCCCUCUCACCGCCACCUGUGGACACCCACUGUCUGUACCUCUGAGCGUGAACACAUCUCCCAUCAAGUUUUUGUAGUCACUGUUUCUGUAGUAGAACUGUCUUUUUGUACUACACUUAAUCCUAGCCAAAAGGCUGAGAAGCAAGACAACUGUCUUUUUUAAACUGAGAGCUGCCUCUCCUCUGUGUCCUCUGCCCCAAUGGUGCCUCCCCUUAAGGUUAAAGGAUAGCACCUUCUUGUUUAGUAGGCCAGCCUAGACCCUCCCCCACCCGCCCCAAGAUGGGAGGCAAAUGGCUGAAUCCUUAUGUGACAUUUUUUUCCCUUAUUUAUUUAUUCAGUCCUUUAUUAAUUUUAUUUAUUCAUUUACUAAUUUGAUUUGUUAUCAAUCCACUAUGUCCUCCCAUUAUUUUAUCCAUUGCUCCCCUGCUUUCUUGGUAGGGAGGUGAAGGAAUAGGAGGAGGCAGGGACUCCAUGCCCAUUCUGUGGUCCUCACUCAAAUCCAUCAUAGCAAUACUCAAACUUCUCCCCGUCAGUGGGGUGGGGGGGCUGUUUCUACCUUUAGGGCUUUUUUUCUUAUGGGUUUGUUAUUGGUAUAGGAGUAAGAGGAAGGCCCGAAAUAUCCAAGUGUGGGGAAGGGCAGGUCAGCCAGCACUUCUGCCAUCUCAGGGACAAGAGUAACCCUUUACCACACCCACUCUGUCCUUUCUCCUGCUCCACGACAUUCAAAAAUGUGGAUCCUAAGUCUCCUUUCCUCCUGGGUGGGAGUUCUGAGGUUCUUCGUGUAUGGGAGAAGUUUUAUAUUUGCUUCCAAAUGGCUGGGUUUAAAAAGAAAGUAAAAGACACUCAUUUUGGCUUCCUGGUUUGUGUGUGGGGACAGAGUAGGUAUGAAGGAAUUUCUGGGUACAGGAGGGGGCAGGAGGGCCUUUGACCCACCACAGCAUGACCUGGGUGAGAGAGCAGCGAAGGGAACAGCCUGCAGGCCACAGAGGCUGGCAAGCCUGUGACAUCAGCCUACCCAGCCCUGGGCUCUGCCUGGCAUCCAUUUACCUCAGCUUCCCCAGAGUAUGGUGCUUGGAUGUCACUAUUAGUCAUCAUAAGGGGGUAUGAAUGAUAGGAGAAGCACAGAUUGUCAUGAGGGCCACAUAUGGGAAUGUCAAACUGCAUGGGUAUGCAGUACUUUUAAAAUGAUGAUUCUG